UCAGAUAACUGUCAAAAAUAAGAAUCAAUAAAUGGCAAAAUAUUGUUCACAAUAAUAACAAAGUAAAGUAGAAAUUAGUUUGAUUAGUAAAUGUUUAAAAUAAUUCAGUUGUUCGAUGUAAUAAACUCAGUUAUCAUACUCAUACAGUACAAUACAAGUUAACUUGCCAUAGAAUCGCUUUGGGCGUCGAGAUGUCGCCUCCAAAGCAGCCCUGUAGUCUUUUUCAGUUGUGUGUUAAAAGUUCCAUUAGUCUUAUUAAUUCAGCUUGUUAUGUUAUUGAAAAGACGUAUCCUGAGAAUAAAUUCCACGAGUGUGAGAGGGAGGCGUUUGAUUUAAAAUGCCAAUUAAUGUUGAUGCUGCCAGCCAGGUUAUUCGAUGUCCUCUGUUCUGAAAGAACAUGCUGCCAGUAUCGCGGCGACCCUCGCAUUCAGCUGCAAGUCCUGACGCACCCCAACAUGACCGUCUUCCGCAAAUGCGACCUCGAUAACAGCAUACCCCAGCGGUUCUGGAUCGCCACACUCUCCACCUUCAGCCGCUUAGUCGUUCUCGAUCUCAAAUUCAUUUGCACCGACGAGAUACUCGAGGUCAUCGGUGAAAGUUGUCCCUUACUUGAAGAAAUCAAUAUUGUCUCUAGAGUAGACAUCUGCAAAUCCCUUUUUAAUGCUUCCGUUUUGAUUAGGAACGUCUCAGAUGCUGGGCUUUGUUUCGUUACGAAUUUAAAACAUUUAAGAAUCUUGGCAAUGGACCCUCCCAGAAAUGAACGCGCGAAUCGUAUCGGGCGUUGUGUCUCGCAAGCAGGUAUCACUCUGUUGGUCAACGAGCUUCCUUACCUGGAGGAGCUACGGAUCGAGUCCUGCGACAUCGGGUCUACGUUGAUCAGUAGUGUCUUGGAUAUAGGGCCUCUUAGUCUCAGAAAAAUGAAUUGUCAUUUCGCAUCUGCAGCGGGUAUUAGGAAAUUAAUUAAAAUAUGUCCAUUCUUACGGGAAUUGUCAGUAACACAUUUAUCAGAACAUAAUAAAGAUGCGAUUUUAGAACAGAUUUCAGUGAGUGACUUGAGAUUGAAUAGGCUGGAUCUUUCUUUCUUUUCGUACUCGGAUUCGAUGCAGCAGCUUCUAUCAGUGAAGGGCAGCUACCUCACACACUUCUCCCUGUGGGAGAUAGAUCACUCGUUAACCCUGGACGCGGUCAUCUCGCUCGGAAGGUGCUGCCCAAACUUGAAUACACUCUGUUUAAUGACUCAGUCGAAGUGUUUGGUCAUUCCCAGGUAUUUUCGGCGACCAAACAAAAUAUUCUCAGAACUCAGGAAUUUGACAAUAGGUAAUGAAAAUUUUUCUAUAGAUCAAAUGUUGACCUUUUUCGUAGAAUGUACAGAUAAUUUGCAAAAACUAGUUUUGAAAUAUCAGACUAAGACUAAUAUAGAUGACACAUUAUUGCAUUUAAUAGAAAAAGGACAUUUGAAGAAUAUUAGCUAUUUGUGGUUGGACUGCACUUUGGAAGUUUCAAAGAAUGUCGUAAAAAGAGUAAUACAAAUGUGUGAAAGACUUCAAAUGUUCACAGUUGACUUUUCAGAGGAGAUGACAGACAUUCACAAGUACAUAAACGAAAACAAUUUGGAUUUGAAGCUCGGUAGUUAUUAGAAAUUUGAUUCUAAUUGUAUUUAUUGUAAUUAAUUAGUAAUUCAAUACAUAUUAUUUUUACAG